CGUGUCGUCGUCGUCAUUGGUCUUCAGUGUCCAAUCAGCUCUCCAACACAGUGGACGAUUGAUUCUGUGUUCCAUCGCGCAGCUGCUUGGCUCCACACGUGUUGCAUCGCUUGUAUUGCGGUCGCAAGUCGUAUAGUUGUUGUUGUCGCGUGAUUGAUAGUAUUCGCAUUCGGUUGAAACUCAUUGGGCAGGAACUGCAACAAAACAAGCGUGUCAGUUGAGAGAGUCGGUUGUUGUAUUUGCGUUGUUUUGAUUGGCGAACCAAGGGCGAAUGUACAGAAUCGAGAAUGCAGCUGGGGAGUUUAAUACUGACCGUACUGGACCCGUUCAAAAUCAUCCGUAAGUACCUGCUGAAGCCGUUGGCCGUGACCGGGAUCGCGUACGCCGAGGAGUACAAACGAAGGACCAAUGCCGGAGUGCAGUCGACGAAAAGCAUACUGCUGAAGCUGAUUGCGGCAGUGUUGGUCGGGUUCUCCAUCGUGUGGGCUUCGAUUUUCAUGUAUGCCUACUUCUACUACACAUACAUGCCGACCGUGUCGCACGUCAAAGAUGUGUAUCUCAACUACAGAGACUGCCUUUCCGAGCAAAAGUGUCUCGGAUAUCCCUCCGACACAGUAGUUUUAACUAAGAAGCAACAAUUUCUGAUGGUAGGACAAGCCUACAAAGUCACCCUGUACCUCGAAAUGCCAGAAUCCGUUCAAAAUGACAACACAGGCAUGUUCACUGUUUGCGCAACAAUGCAGAGCCGCAGCUCCGCCGAGUUCUCCGUCAAGUCCUGUCGACUUUCGAUGGUACACUUCAAGUCCGGUCUACUGAAAAUGAUGACCACGGUGAUGUUGGCACCGUUUUACAUUCUUGGCUACCGGGAGGAGAAACAAACGGUGGCAAUCGAUUUGUUCACCCAUUUCGAAGACAGCCAAGCCCAUCCGGUGACCAGCGUUGACGUUGCGAUCCUAUCGCGGGACAUACAGUUCUACUCGGCGCAGCUUCAUAUUACUGCGAAUUUCUCCGGCUUGCGCUAUGUGAUGUUCAACUGGCCAAUAGUGUCUGCAGCUAUAGGUAUUCUAACGAACUUGUUUUUCAUUGUGAUCAUUUGCGUGUUGAGUUGGUACCACUGGGACGACACAGAAUGGCUAGUCGAGAUAAAAGACCGGUACCAUCAAAUGCUGAAAAGUACACCGAUCCGAGCUGGCGGACUUCAAGGUUUAACAGAACCAGUGCUAGCGUUACCCAAAGAAGAAUUGCAAGAAAAACCAGAGGAAAUUGAAGAAGUGUCAAGCUUCAAAGAUGAUCUAGGGCUGGCGACGUAGUACUUCAAAUGCUGCGGGGUGUUAUUUAAUUGGUGUUAGGAGAGUUGUUAUCGCUUAAUAAAUAUUCAGCAUGCACAUAUUUAAAACAGUUUUAAAUAAAAAGCAAGAUAAAUUGUCA